GAAGGUGGGCUAGCCAAUGUUAGGCCUGUGGUUGCCAUAGCGACCGGGAGGUUGGGCUGGCCAGAUUCAGCUCCUGGGACCCGACCAGAUUCUAGGCCCAUGCCAUCCUGUCACGAACAGUUGUACAAGCAAGUGGGCCAGUGAGGCACACCUGGGCGGUGCUGUGUUCACAUCUGGCCUGUACCUACUCUCAUCCUGACUUCACAGACAUUGGACAACAGGCACAGUACAACAAUCUCUGAAGGAAGAAAAACAAGGUGCUUAGGAGAACAUGCAGUAGAGGUUUUCAUCAAACAAAUGGAACAUGUCACAGAAUCACAGAAUUUCGCUAAUGUGGACAACUCCGCACAGAAAAAUGAACAGGCUGGCAAACAUCCCAGACGUGCCAGUAAAGUACAGAAAGGUUUUACUGUUGCAUAUCCAACACAAUCCUCCAUUUCUUUUAAAUCCCAAUCUUGGAUAAUUCCAGAAUCAGAAAAAAAAGGAUUCAAUAGUCAAGCCAAGAGAUUUUCUCAUAAGAAGAAUGAUAUCCCAGGUCCUGGGUCCUACAAUGUCAUUCACCAGUCGCCCGUGUCCAACAGUGUCUCGUUGUCCAAGAAAGGAACAUGCACGUUUCCCUCGACGCGCGCCCGGUUGGACACCAACAUUUCUAAAUAUCCUGCAGCGAAUGCAUACACUAUCCCAUCAGAUUUUAUUUCCAAGAGAGACUUCAGUAAUUCGUGUUCCAGCAUGUUCCAGUUGCCAAGCUUUAGGAAAGUUCUCAGAUUUGAAACUCCUGCACCAAACUAUUACAAUGCCUCCGUCUCUUGCUGCAAGCAGAGAAACAACGUCUGUGCCCGAGCCGGGUUUAUGUCAAAAACCCAAAGAGGAUCUCUCGCUUUUGCUGGUAAAGGACCUCCCCCAGGGCAUUAUAACAUCAGUGAAUCCCUUGUGAAGCAGUCGCCAAAUACGUUAAUGUCUUGUUUUAAAUCAAAAACCAACCGUGGAUUAAAAGUGACGUCAACAGGCCCGGGACCCGGUUAUUACAACCCCAGUGAUGGCACAAAAGUUCCAAAAAAGACUCUUUUCCCGAAAAACCCCAUCCUGAACUUCUCUGCUCAGCCUUUGCCUCUGCCUCCGAAGCCGCCUCUCCCAGGUCCUGGUCAGUAUGAGAUUGUGGACUACACAGGGCCCCACAAGCAUUUCAUCUCUAGUGCAUCAUUCGUGUCCAACACCAGCCGGUGGACCGCGGCGCCAUCUCAGCCAGGACUUCCUGGCCCAGCCACAUACAAGCCAGAACUCCCAGGAAAGCAGUCCUUCCUCUACAACGAGGAUAAGAAAUGGAUUCCGGUGCUGUAGGGAUGUCACACAAGAUCGAAGAGAACCCCAGCCACCAGCCCGUCCUACCCAGCUUCCCCAGGACAUCCCUCAGAAGGAGACCGAUCAUGUGUGUGGCAGCUGACAACUUGGGGGAUGGCUCUGCCACUCUGGCCUGGUGUGGUAGCUGGGCUGCUGCCAUUGCCUUUAUCUCGAGCUGGAGACAUUGCUCCUGGAGAUUGCACCCCAGCCCCACCGACUCCAGUGGCUUCCUGAGCAGAGGGAGGUGGACAGAGCCCCCUGGCUGCUUCCCCACACAACCAUCCAGGCUGGCUUCCGGCACGACUCCCGCUGCAGACUUAAGGAUUCCUGAAGCGCAGACUUCAAGGAGGACCAGCCCACCAUGAAAGUGGCCAAGCCUAGAAGCCCCACCCUUCCCUGUUUCAUUCCUUCACUCAAUUACACAUUCAUUCAUUCCCUCA